AUGGGGCAGCAGUCGCUGAUCUACGCAUUCGUGGCGCGGGGCACCGUGGUGCUGGCCGAGUACACCAAGUUCACCGGCAACUUCACCACCAUCGCCGCCCAGUGCCUGCAGAAGCUCCCCGCCAGCAACAACAAGUUCACCUACAACUGUGACGGCCACACCUUCAACUACCUCGUCGAGGACGGAUUCAGGUUCCAAAUACCAGCAGGACUGGAGAAUGCAGUUAUUGAGUUGUGA